UCCUUUAAAAAAAGCCGGCGAACUUCAUUCACGUAAACACGUGCGCUCGAACAGUUGAAUGCAGUAACAAUUUGAAACAAAACCGUUGUUAAAAUGGUGCGUGUACGUUGUUCAAUCUGCCGCAAACAUUUUCUGAACAUAAAACGAUUGAGAAAACAUUACUUAUUGGGCCAUUCGAAGUACAACAUCGUACAUAAACUAUUGAACGCGAGCAUCAUACAAUCAGUACCCAAGGCGUUGAUAAAGAAAAGAAUGAAGACACGAAAGGAAUGUGUAAACAACCCUACGGGAACGAAUGUGAUCAACAUGAGCGACUUUCUCGUCACCUACAACGACACGGUAAUUAAUAUUUCGAAUAAAACUAAUUCCAUCGAAUUACAAUUGUCGAUAGAACAAGACAACAACAACAAUCCCUCUGUUGUAAGCAAUGACAAAAAUAUAAUUGCAACUAGAUCGAAGACUAAGGAAAUGGCAAGAUUACAAGAAACUGCUAAUGAGAAACCGAUACCAAAACCAUAUAGAAUAAAUGUAACAAAACUACAUGAAAACCUCUCAUUAAACCAUUGCAGUGGCACUUUUUAUGUGUGUCACUGCAGAGACAACUGUCCUGAAACUGUCACAUCAUCUGACACAGAAUCAACAUCUGAAUCACCCCCUGAAUUUAUCAUGAACUGUGUUGAAUGUGUUAGGCAGUUUAGAAGCCAGGUUGAAUAUGACGAACAUAUGAGAGAAUAUCAUUCUUGCAGGGGUUGCCAGGAGGUGUUCCCAACCAAGGCUUUGUUACAAGAGCAUGUUUUCAGUCAUAUUGUUAGAUUGUAUGUCUGUUACAUUUGCAAUGAGGAGUGUUUCCACAAGGAAGUUCUAAAAAGACAUCUAGACAGACAUUUAUUUGACUCCACCUUAGAAACUGUCCUAGAUUUAGAAAAUGACUACAGAGUUCAAAGAUAUAAUUUCACAUCAAACACUGGAUAUAUGGAGAGUCUAAACAACAUUAUGUUUUAUCUGGGUGAUGGACAAGAUUUUCAUCAGCAUCAUCAAAAGUAUCAGAAGAUUAUUUGCGAGAUUUGCUAUCAGGAAAUGUUUGCCUCUGAUUAUUUACAACAUUUACAGAUUAUGCAUUGCUCAAUGGGACAUUAAAAUGUCCCAGUUUUGUUAGACUUUUAGAAUGUUUAUUUUGUUGUUUUCUAUAUUUAGUUUAUGAACUGUAUGAAAGACUGUUUAAUUUUGUUAAAGUCAUUUUUAUUUACUAUUACCAAGGUUUGUUAAUAUAUUUUCAAAAAAUAUUAUAUACAUAUAUUAUAUAUUUUAUAUUUAUACUAUACACUAUUAUACACUUUCUUAAGAAAUAAAUUUGAUUAUUUUUGAAAAAAUAAAUGCCUUAAGGCAAAAUAAAAAUUAAUAUUUUUAAAAUGAUGACAU